AUGACCUCUGCCAAAGAAAAUGUUCCUCUGGCGCCCCAGCCACUGCCUCGGCAAACCAGCAACGCGCGUCCCCCACCGCCGCGGCGGCCUAAGGUGGCGAAAGGCGCCACCGAGCCGGCGUCGGGCGGCGGCGUCCUCAAGUGCACGUGCUUCCGCCUGCCCAGCCGCUCCAAGAAGAAGCCGCCGCCGCCGCCGCCGCCGCCUGCGCUGAAGAUCAGCAGCGCCAGCCGCAGGAGCACGGUGGCGCCCGAUGACGUGCCUCGGGCCUCAGCGUCCCAGUCCCAGCGCGUCACCUUCCGGGCCUCGGCGUCCCUCGCCACGUGGUGGCCGGCGUCCCCGUCCGCCGCGGCCUCUGCCGGCGCCGGCUGGAGCGCCGCGCCGCCGAGGAGGGCAUCGUCGGCGUCGUCGGCACCUCGGCUGAACGCCGCGGCCGGCGCCGGCGCCCCGAGGGCAUCGUCCUCGUCCUUCUCGCACUGGCGCCGGUCGCUGUCGCCCCGGGUGAUGCCGCACGGCGGGCGCGCGUCCUUCUCCUUCCCCGCGUCGCCGGCGUCCGCGUCGUCCAGCUGCAUGAGCACGCCCAAGAUACCGCAGGGCUGGCAGAAGCAGGGGUAG